UCGGGUUCAGUUCAGUCUAGCUAAGGGCUGAGAUAUUAGGCGGAAACGCAGCGUAUUAUAUCCUUAUAGAUUUGUCCGGCUGCUGCCAGCUCUGGUCGAAGCAGGGUUUAGUGUUUUCCCUAAGCCCUCACUCGGCCUUCUCUUCAGUCAUAUCCAGCCUCUUAUUGUCUUCUUUCAAGUGAUUUGGGCUUUAGCAGUGAACUUCUUAAGUAUUGUAACAAUGUCUGUGUAUGGAUUGACCGGUUGUCCCUCAAGGUGUUGUCUUAGAACACCUGUAGGUGGCCUGGGUCCACUGAAGCGAGUUUCAGCUCUUCCUAGCUCUUGGAAACCUAAAGAUAAGAUUGCAGUGACCUGUCUGGAAAGAUAUUAUUGGCUUGGUUCUGCUCAAGGAUGCAACAAACAACGAACUCACAUGAUCAAGUGUACAAUGGGUGCUUCUUCAAAUGGAUCAGCUGAUAUCUUCCCCAGAAUCAAUGUUCGUGAUCCGUUCAAAAGACUGGGAAUAAGCCGGGAGGCUUCUGAAGAUGAAAUUCAAGCUGCAAGGUACUUCCUUAUUCAGAAAUAUGCAGGGCACAAACCAAGUGUAGAUGCCAUCGAAUCUGCCCAUGACAAAAUAAUAAUGCAGAAGUUUUAUGAGAGGAAGAAUCCAAAAAUUGACAUGAAGAAAAAGGUAAGGGAAGUCCGUCAGUCCCGUGUUGUGCAGGCUGUCAUGAGCAGGUUCCAAACUCCAUACACAAAAAUCAUCAUAAAAACAUCUAUUGCCUUUAUAGUGCUUGGGGUGCUCACUGUGCUCUUUCCAACUGAAGAGGGUCCGACUCUUCAGGUAGCCUUGUCUCUGAUUGCCACCAUAUACUUCAUACAUGAGCGGCUGAAGAGCAAACUCCGAGCUUUUCUUUAUUCUGCUGGAGCUUUUAUUUUCUCGUGGUUGCUGGGAACUUUCUUGAUGGUAUCUGUGAUUCCACCCAUACCUCUGAUUAAAGGAUUGAGGAGUUUUGAAGUGACAACCUCAUUGAUAACCUAUGUGCUACUCUGGGUUUCAUCAACUUAUCUUAAGUAAUGCCAGAAAAUUGCUAUUAUAGACCCCAGUUUUGUUGGAGUAGACAGCAAGAUUUUCUUGAUUAACUUAUUGUUUCAAAGGUUUUGGAAUUUUCUUACUAUGGGCCAUGCAACAUUUCUAAUCACACAGCCUUGAAGCUUUAGGCAACAAUUCGUAGGACCUCCCUGUUUAUAAAAAGAAGAUUGUGAAAUUGUCUUUUUUUUUUUUCGGAGAAAGGAUGUAAAACUUGAAAAGUUAACGAGGAGGUUGAGGAUUUCAUGAUUUA